UCUCUUUCUAAAUACAACUCACCCUUCUCUCCUCUCUCCCACGAAACAACGGCGCUCUCUCUCUCUCUCCCUCUCUACGUGGUUUUCUCUCCCUUUGCCAUUGGAAAAAAACACAAACGCUAAUUCCUCAAAACCUUAAAGAUUCUCUCUGUUCAAAAACCACACCAACACUCCAUUUUCCCUUCAUUUCACUCUGAUUUUUCAUCAUCAUUCUUUUGUUUUUUUCCUACCAAAAUUAACAUCAUGGAGCUAUUUCCAACAAAGGGUCGCACCCGGUUUCGUGCCGCGGAAUCUUUUCAACAGUAAAAAUGCUUUCUUUUUUAAUUCAUCUAUUGGGAUUUAGUGCCUCUUCUACUACUUGUUCUUUUCCAAUGACCACAAGGUGGGUGCAUGUUUGUUGAUUAUAAAGUAAUGAACUUUUCUAUUGGGUAUUUUGAUUUGAUGCUCAAGAAAGUGGAGGAGAUUUUGUUAAUGUGGUCUUCAUAAUGCAUUUUGGACAAACCUUUGUUAAGAUCUGAUGAAGCUGGAAUAUCUUGUUGGCUUUAAAUUUUCAGGUUUAGUAUAUCUUGGAUUUUCCUGAUUUUUUAUAUUCUAUGUCAUUUGUGUUGAUGGUGGUUAUAUCCUCUGCAUCGGUUGGUACUGUCUUAUUCAUUGAUUUGUUCCACUCUAUAUCCUAGGGCUAUGUUGACUCAAACAAGUUGACAGGGCAAGACUGGCAGAAAUUGAUUAAGACUUUUCUUGUUUUGUGUAACAUAGUUGUUAUUCUGGGGUAUGGCUAUGACCUAAUAAUUUAUUUAUAGCCUUUAUAUGGAUUGAAGAAUCAGGCAUCAGCAGCAUAUUGGAUCAAUGGUAAAAGCAAUAGUGUCUGUGCUGUUGAUUACCUCUAUCGUCUUGUGUGUAUCUGCAUCGGAUAAUGGGUUUCCGAGAUGUAAUUGCGACGAUGAAGCGAGUUUGUGGACUAUUGAGAGCAUUUUGGAGUGUCAAAGAGUUGGUGAUUUCUUGAUUGCUGUGGCCUACUUCUCAAUCCCUAUUGAACUGCUUUAUUUUGUCAGUUGCUCCAACGUCCCUUUCAAAUGGGUCCUUGUUCAGUUCAUUGCCUUCAUCGUACUAUGUGGAUUGACACAUUUGUUGAAUGGUUGGACUUAUGGUCCUCACACUUUUCAGCUUAUGGUGGCACUUACUAUCUUUAAGAUUCUCACUGCGUUGGUGUCUUGUGCUACUGCGAUAACGCUUGUUACUUUGAUUCCUUUGCUUCUUAAAGUGAAGGUUAGAGAAUUCAUGCUCAAGAAAAAGACGUGGGAUCUUGGACGGGAGGUUGGUCUUAUUAUGAAGCAAAAGGAGGCGGCGGUGCAUGUAAGAAUGCUUACUCAAGAGAUUCGUAAGUCGCUUGAUAGACAUACGAUUCUGUAUACCACUUUGGUGGAGCUUUCUAAAACGCUAGGCUUGCAAAAUUGUGCUGUGUGGAUGCCUAAUGAAGAAAAGACAGUGAUGAAUCUCACUCAUGAAUUGAACGGAAGGAAUUUAAAUAUUUCUAUACCGAUUACUGAUGUAGAUGUUGUGAGAAUUAAGGGAAGCAGUGUAGUGAAAAUACUUGGCUCUGACUCGGCGCUUGCUGUUUCCAGUUGCGUGGUUUCUGGUGAUGCAGGACCGGUUGCUGCAAUCCGAAUGCCAAUGCUACGGGUUUGUAAUUUCAAAGGAGGAACACCUGAGCUAACUCAGGCGUGUUAUGCAAUAUUGGUCUUGAUUCUUCCCGCCGGAGAGCCUAGAUCUUGGAGCAACCAGGAGCUGGAGAUAAUUAAGGUGGUUGCUGAUCAAGUUGCUGUAGCUCUAUCCCAUGCUGCAAUUCUUGAAGAGUCUCAACUUAUGAGAGAGAAGUUGGAGGAACGCAAUCGAGCUUUGCAACAGGCGAGAAGGAACGCUAUGAUGGCAAGCCAGGCAAGAAACUCGUUUCAGAAAGUCAUGAGCGAUGGCAUGAGGAGGCCUAUGCACUCGAUUUUGGGAUUGCUUUCAAUGGUACAAGACGAUAAUUUAAAGAACGAACAGAAACUUAUUGUGGAUGCAAUGCUGAGGACGAGCAAUGUGCUAUCAAACUUGAUAAACGAUGCCAUGGACAGCUCAGCAAAAGAUGAUGGAAGGUUCCCUUUGGAGAUAAGGUCUUUCGGGUUACAUUCCAUGAUAAAAGAAGCAGCUUGCCUUGCCAAAUGCAUGUGUGUUUAUAAGGGCUUGGGUUUUAUCGUUGAGGUUGAUAAGUCUUUACCGAACAAUGUUAUGGGUGAUGAGAGGAGAGUUUUUCAGGUGAUUUUGCAUAUGGUUGGGAAUCUACUUGAUUGCAACCAUGGAGAAGGAGGGAUCCUUGUAUUCCGGGUUUCGGCAGAUGCUGGAAGUCAAGGGAGGAAUGAGAAAGGAUGGACUACCUGGAGACCAAGCUCAUCUAGUGGUGAUGUAAAUAUUAGAUUUGAGAUAGGGAUCACCGGUAGCGAUUCUGAAGUUGGGAGCUCAGUUUCCUCGGGACCCGGUGGUAGGACAUAUACCAGUGAUAGGUAUGAGGGCAGAUUGAGCUUUAGUAUUUGCAAGAGGAUAGUCCAGUUGAUGCAAGGGAACUUAUGGUUGGUACCAUACACUCAUGGCAUUCCUCAAAGCAUGACACUUCUUCUCCGCUUUCAACUACGACCUUCCAUUGCAAUAGCCAUCUCUGAACCCGGAGAAUCAUCAGAACGCACGUAUUCCAAUUCAAUGCUAAGAGGUCUGCAAGUUCUGUUAGUUGACCAUGACGAUGUAAAUAGAGCAGUCACACAAAAACUGCUUCAGAAACUCGGCUGCUCCGUCACUUCCGCCUCUUCAGGAUUCGAAUGCCUCACUCUCAUCGGACCUGUCGGAUCUUCCAUCCAAGUCAUUCUCUUGGAUCUCCAAACACCUGACAUAGACGGCUUCGAAGUUGCCGCGAGGAUCCGGAAGUUCAAAAGUGGAAACAGGCCUAUGAUUAUCGCGUUAACAGCAAGCGCAGAAGAAGAUUUGUGGGAAAGGUGUAUGCAGAUUGGCGUCAAUGGAGUAAUCCGAAAACCGGUUUUGUUGCAAGGAAUCGCCAGUGAACUCAGAAGAAUUCUGAUGCAGGGAAAUAUAUAAUAGUGUCAUAUGAAAAAUGAAUGGUGCAAGUUAAAAAAAAAACAUUACAACAUCUAGUAAUUAAUUUAAAGUUAUAUUUCAUGUCACAUUCUUGUUCUUGUUAGAAAUUAUAGAACACAUUACUCUUUCGCACUA